GCGUAUUGAUACACUUACGAAUCCUCGCUGAAGUUCAUUUUGCUUUUGUUGUUCUCCGUUUAAGGCAGUUUGAGUUUGUGAUUAUUGUAAUUAUGGCUCAGUCUCGAGUCACAGAUUAUUUCUCUCAGAGGAAACACAGCGGCAUCGAAACAGAGACGAAGGGUAAAGGACCGAAAACUACGGCGCGACACAGAAGCGUGUUCGUGGACGAACCGAGAACAAGAACACGGUCUAAAAACACCGAUAAACCCGCGUCUUCCAACUCCGUCCACGAAGAGUUCUUGCGGGUCAUCGAGGAGGCGUCUGGAACUCACGGAGGACAGACGAAGAAUGCCGCAGCCACCCCUUCCAGGCUCCGGACACAGAAGCGCCCCUCGGCCGACGCCGGCUGCGAAGCAAUUGAUCUCGGCGCCACGAUGUUAAGCACCACCACCGAGCACAGCACGCCGAAGAGACGGCGGCUGGAGGUCAAAACCAACACAACGAGGAUUGCCGAGAAGAAACUGAACUUCUGCAGAGACAGUGGGGCGGUAGAACAGACUGCAGAGUUGAGUGGUGUGGCUAAGCCUGCUGUACAUCUCCCUGCUAAUCCUGGGACACAGGGCAGCAUCUCGCCACAUGGAAGCCAAAACACCCUGCAUUCAGCUAAAGGGACUGGCAAAACAACGGCCUUGUCUAAAAAUGAUGUUGCAGCACUCAGGUCACGUCUUCAUAAGAUCAAGAAACAAGCAGAGAAACUGUCUAGUGCUGCACCUCCUUCCUCUUCCUGCUCCACUGUCUCCAUACCAGAGAAAAAGCCCCUGUCCAGAACCCCAGACUCCACCACAGCUGAAGCUGUCGGCCUGAAGGCCACCAUAGCACGGGCUAAGGAGCUAGCCGUCAUCCAAAAGAAGAAGAAAACUGAGAAAGAGGACAGAAAUCAGACAGACUCACAUCCACAGGACAGUGAUCAAGUUCCAGCCUACCAGCGCUACCAUACUUUAGCCCAGCCGGCGGCACCAGGCCUGACCUUACCUUACCAGUACAAGCUGCUGGCGGAGAUGUUCAGGUGUCUGGACACGAUCGUUGGCAUGCUUUACAACCGGUCAGAGAUCAUUACAUUCGCCAAGGUCAAACAAGGAGUUCAAGACAUGAUGCGCAAGCGUUUUGAGGAGAGUCAUCUGGGCCAGAUAAAGACAGUGUUUCCUGAUGCCUACACUUUUAGACAAGAGAAGAACAUUCCCAACUUCAGCUGCAACAUUAAGAAGGGCAGCUACCAGCUUACACUGGAUCCUGUCAUCCAUUCAGACCAGAAUGAAGCUCGUCCUCUCCUGUUAGCCUCUCGACUCGUGGGGAGAAGAUGCAUCUUCCACCAGAAUCUGGUCUCUAUCGUCAAACAGCACCACAAGAAUUUCCUGUCCUCACUGGUUCCUCCAAUGUUUGUACCAGAAGACAAGCUGACCCGCUGGCAUCCUCGCUUCAAUGUGGACACGGUGCCGGCGGUCCAGAUCAGUCCACUGCCUCAGCCGCCACAUGCUGGGAAACUCUCCACGGCACAGGAGGUCCUAGACAAGGCCCGUUCCCUCAUGACACCCAAGAUGGAGAAGGCCCUCGCUCAAAUGGCUUUAAAAAUGGAGGAAGCAGUAGCCAGUAAAGAGUCAGACCUGGAUUCUACCCUGACCUCCUCAACUGUUACCCCUACAGCUGCCCCCCCUGAGGUUCAGGUCCCAAGUGCUCUUAAAGGAGUGUCCCAGUCUCUGCUGGACAGGAUUCGGGCAAAAGAGGCCCAGAAGCUGCAGGUGGCCAUGACUCGGGAUCCCGCCAAAGAGGAGCGUCUCCUGAUGAUGUCACGGCUUGGCGACCUGGCCAGGUUUCUGCGCAACCUCUUUGUUUCAGAGAAGAAACCAGCUCUGGUGAUAGAACUGGUCUGUACCAGGAUGGUGGCUAGCUACGGGCCUGCUCUAAGCACAGGUGAGAUGGAGAAGCACAUCCAUAUGCUGGCAGAGCUGGCUCCUGAUUGGUUGACAAUUCAUAAAAUCAGGAAGGAUUUCUACCUGAAGCUGGAUAAGAACAUGGAGCUGAACGAUGUUGUGAACAAACUGAACACCCGACUCAGAGAAGCGGAGCGAGUCUGAGGACGUUUUUACUGUUCCUUCUUAAAAUGAAUAGCAGAAGUACAAUGGAGAUACCUUUAACAUCAAUACUAGGUACCAAUGAGAAUUUAACAAGAUUUUUAGCGCUCAGUUUGGGGGACAACAGAGACUUGACCACCUGAGCCAAAUUUUAGUUUUAAAUCCAUUUUUGGGAUUGACUGGUCUUGUCUGAUGUAACUGAAAAGAUUGGAUUUUCUCCUGUGUUGCACUCUGUACCGACAAGAAAGCUUUCAAGUAAACUUUCAAGUAAAGAGGGAGGUUUUCAAAUGUCAUCUAUUUUGGGGUUUUUUUUUUUUUACAUCAGAUGUUGUUCAGUUUAGUAUUUUUUAAACAAAUUUGACACUUUGCUCUACAGUCCAGAAAUAAUGUUUGAUGGCGAUCAAUCUUUCUAGUAAAAAUGAAUGUCUGAAACUACUUUCAUCUUCAAUUUUAAAUUCCUCAGUUCAAAAUGCUGUUCAGUAAUUCUAAUGCCUACACUGAAAGGUAACAUUAAAAUCUCGGAAUAGAUUUUUUUUUUUUUCCUUGAUGGGAAGGCAGACAUAUUUGGUCUUGGCACACAGUUCCUAGUU